CCAUCUCCAUAUCAAACACUUGCAGGUAAUUUCUUUAUACUUCUCAAUCUUCUUCUUCUUCUUCCUUUCAUAUUUUUCCCGCAUUGAACGAGAUGGUAGCCUGUGCCGAUGGCCGAGUAUCGCUCUCGGCUGCUGCGCACUUGCACGCCGCAAUGGCAUUGCCGAAAAUUACGAACUCCAAGCUGCAGGUGAGGUUCUGUAAUGGAGAGUUUAUGGGUAGGAAGCUUACAUUGCAACAGAGGAAACAGAAUUUUACUAACAUUAUUCCAAAUGUUCGACGAAAAGUUCGUAUGUCUCUCAUUGCCAAUAUCGCGGCCGAAUCCAAGUUGAGGGAAUUGAACAUGGAAAAACGGGAUCCGAGGACGGUGGUGGCGGUUAUAUUGGGAGGAGGAGCUGGUACUCGUUUGUUCCCGCUUACGAAGCAGAGAGCAAAGCCUGCGGUUCCGAUCGGUGGAGCGUACCGGCUGAUUGACGUGCCGAUGAGCAAUUGCAUAAACAGUGGAAUCAACAAAGUUUAUAUUCUCACACAGUUCAAUUCCACAUCGCUCAACAGGCAUCUCGCUCGCGCCUACAACUUCGGCAGCGGAGUCACCUUGGGCGAUGGCUACAUUGAGGUUCUCGCGGCGACUCAAACUCCGGGAGAGGCAGGGAAGCGGUGGUUCCAGGGGACUGCCGAUGCCGUACGACAGUUCCAUUGGCUUUUUGAGGAUGCGAGGAGCAAGGAAAUUGAAGAUGUGCUGAUUCUUUCCGGGGAUCACCUGUACCGAAUGGACUACAUGGACUUUGUUCAAAAUCAUCGGCAGAGUGGUGCAGAUAUCACUCUUUCUUGUAUCCCAAUUGAUGACAGGCGAGCGUCGGAUUUUGGGCUAAUGAAGAUAGACAAUAGCGGAAGGGUUCUUUCAUUCAGUGAAAAGCCUAAAGGGAAAGACCUGAAGGCGAUGGAGGUGGAUACAACAGUUUUAGGACUUUCAAAAGAUGAGGCACUGAAAAAGCCAUACAUUGCUUCCAUGGGAGUUUAUGUCUUCAAAAAGGAGAUACUUCUAAACAUUUUAAGAUGGCGCUUCCCAACUGCAAAUGACUUUGGAUCAGAGAUAAUCCCUGCCUCAGCAAGAGAAUUCUUGAUGAAGGCAUAUCUAUUUAAUGAUUACUGGGAAGACAUAGGGACCAUUAGAUCCUUCUUUGAAGCAAACCUUGCCCUGACCGAGCAGCCACCAAGGUUUAGCUUCUACGACGAAUCAAAGCCAAUCUACACUUCAAGACGAAACUUACCUCCAACAAAGAUUGACAAUUGCAAGAUUGUCGAUUCAAUCAUAUCUCACGGAUGUUUCCUGACUAACAGCUUCAUAGAGCACAGUGUUGUCGGCAUACGAUCUCGCCUAAACUCUAAUGUGCACCUGAAGGACACAGUAAUGCUUGGAGCUGACUUCUAUGAAACUGAUGGUGAGGUUGCAGCACUGUUAGCUGAGGGAAAAGUACCAGUUGGAAUAGGAGAAAAUACAAGAAUCAAGGACUGCAUUAUUGACAAGAAUGCCAGAAUAGGGAAGAAUGUCGUUAUUGCUAAUUCAGAGGGCGUACAAGAGGCAGAUAGGUCUUCAGAAGGCUUUUACAUCCGUUCUGGUAUUACCAUUAUCUUAAGGAACUCAGUAAUUAGAGAUGGCUUUGUGAUAUAGGAAUCUCCCUCCUUUUUUGGCUGAAAGCUUUCAGAAACACCGUGAAUGGGGAAGAAUCUCCAUACAUCAGUGGCAGUGUAAAAGCUCUAUAAUGAUAUGUAAUUCAAUAUCAAUGAAAGGAGCAUCUCCAAUUUGUGAUGCUUUGGAAAUUUUCA